CAUGAACUUCAUAACUGAUAUACCACCGGAACUUAUCGACAUGACCGUCGACGAGAUACCCCGUGCGGCGGUCCUCGACCCUCGGGAGCCAGAAUGCAAAAGGAUCGACCUGCCCACCCUCUGGGACAAAAAAGAAGAUUGGAAGAAGCUCGACGAGAUUCUUCACGUCUGUAUUCCCUGUGAGGAGCCUGAUAAACUGCAAACGAGCCCGCAACCCAGCCUGCAAGCGCUGCCUGGCUCGGGGGCUCGUCUGCGAGUACGCGAAGGAGGGCCGUGUCCGCGGAGGAGUAACCCAACUAUCUCGACCUAUAUUCGCCACCUCUCGUUGAAACUCCCCGAAAGUCCUUCACGGGUGCCACCCGACGACGACGACGAGCUCUUUAUGGACAUGAUAGAUUUGAGUGCUAUGUCCCGUUUACGAAACCUAGACGUUGAUGUCUCGAUUGAUCAACCAACGUGGAAAGGCGCAGGUGAAGCAUCGGGUGCAGACGACAACAGUAGUGACGAGGAAGAAGAACAAGAGGAGGCGGAGGCGGAAGAGCAUUCAUCAAGGGGGGAAGCCCUAUCUAGGGACAACCAUCCUGAGCCUCAGUGGCUUUUCAACCGCUUUUCAAACAUGUA